AAAUCUCAUGAUCAUCAUAUAUUAAUUCAACACAUUCUACCAGUGAGUAUCCGUUCUGUGUUGCCUAAAAAAGUUCGAUAUGCAAUCACAAGGUUGUGUUUGUUCUUCAAAUCUCUUUGUUGUAAAGUGAUUGAUGUCACAAAGUUAGAGAACCUCGGGUUAGAAAUCGUAGAAGUGUUGUGUUAUUUGGAGCAAUUUUUUCCGCCUUCUUUUUUUGACAUAAUGGUUCACCUAACAGUGCAUUUGGUGAGAGAGGUAAAGUUGUGUGGACCAGUGUACAUGAGGUGGAUGUACCCAUUUGAACGAUACAUGAAAAUCUUAAAGGGUUAUGUGAGAAAUAGAAGUAGGCCCGAGGGUUGUAUUGUUGAAUCAUACAUUGUUGAAAAGACGAUUGAAUUCUGUUCAGACUACUUGUCAGAGGUUACAACUAUUGGCGCUUGUCCUACUCGGGUCAAUAGUGAAAUAAGUAAAGGGAGUAGGGGUGUUUCUGUUUGCGGUGUAAGUCUUGCUGAUCGUGAAGAAGCGCAUCGUCUCGUCUUGCAAAAUAUUGACGAGGUCCAACCAUACAUUGAGUAAGAUUAAAUCAACUAUUCAUACUUAAAACAAAUUAAUAAUAUUCAAUUGAAACUAAAAUCAAUCGAAUGCUUUAUUAUGUUGAAGGGAACAUUUUAAUUGGAUUAAGAGUAAUAAUCCGACUAAGGCAAGGAAUCAAAAAUGGGUACAAGAUGAACAUUAUCGAAAUUUCAGUACAUGGUUAAAAAAAAAGGUAUUAUAUAUUAACAUUAUUGUUUUGUUUCAUAUCUUAUAUAUACACAUGUGCUCACUAUUUCAUUGGUGCAUAUUAGGUAUAUGCUGAAAAUUGUGAAUCCCCAAGCAAUGUAUCCAACACACUGCUUUGCAUAUCACGAGGUCCUUCGUGUGAUGUACUCAAGUACCAAUCGUACUAUAUAAAUAGUACUAAAUUUUGUACCAAAGAUCGUGAUAAAUCUAGAAAAACACAAAAUAGCGGUGUCAUGAUAGUUGCUAGAGCUUUCCAAAUAUCUAGUUCAAAAGAUAAAAACCCAAUUGAAUGUAAUAUGUCUUUUUACGGUGUAAUUCAAGAAAUUUGGGAAUUAGAUUACAGUAGUUUUCAAAUUCCUGUUUUUCUUUGUGAUUGGGUUAGGAGUGAUAAUGGGGUUAAAGACGAUGAACUUGGAUUCAAAUUAGUGGACUUGAAUCGAAUAGGCCACAAGUCUGAUAGGUUUGUAAUGGCGUCUCAAGCCACUCAGGUGUUUUACAUGAGUGACCCAUUAGAUGCACGCUGGUCAGUUGUCAUGACAACGCAAGCAAAAGACUAUGCUAACCAAGAGCAUAAUGGCGAUGAUCUUAUGAUAAGUGAGAAAAUUCAUCAAAUCACUCCACCACCUAUUGAUGUCACCGUUGGGGACGAUGUCGUAUCAUCUCGUGAUGAUGGGGAGGGGUUAUGGGUGAAUGAAACUAUCAAGCCAUGAGUUUUUCAACAUGUGUUGGACUAUUUAUUAUGGAACCAGCACCAAAUGACGAUGAUGAGUGGGCUCAAUAUGAAGAAUCAUUCAUGCCUGAAGAACAUAAUAAUGAAGUUGAAGAACCUAAUAUUGAAGUUGAAGAACCUAAUAUUGAAGUUGAAGAACCCCCACCAAAGCAGAAAAAUACUAGGGGUAGAACCAAAAGACUAGAUAUAACGAGGCUGGCAAGCGAGGGCAAAAAAUUAGAAAUUGAGUACAACAACCUCGGACAACAAUGGGGAAAAGCAGCAACUGAUUUAGUUUCCCGGAUUGGGGUGUGGGUUCGAAUUAACAUACCACUUGUGAAUAAAAAGUGGCCACAAAUUGAUAAGGAGCUGAAGAACAGAUUAUGGAAUGAUGUUAAGGGUAAGUUCGAGCUGGAAGAGGAGGCAAAGAGACGAACAAUUCAAAAAGCUGGGGAGAGAUGGCGGGAUUGGAAAAACACCUUAACAAAAGGUAUUUACAAGGUUAAAGAUGUGGCUCCACAACUUCUUGAGAAGCCACCGAGAUUGUACGAAGACAUAAUCGAUGAGACCGAGUGGACAGAGUUUGUGGCUUCAAGAUUAACUAAAGAAUGGGGGGUGACGAGAAAGAAUGCCCAAGCUAGCAGGGCAAAAAAUAUUUACCCCCACCGCUCUAGACGAGGUGGUGCGAGGAUGGUGGAGUUACAGAUGGAGAAAGAGUUAGGCCACCAAUUGGUCAAAAUUGAUAGAGCCGAUUUAUGGAAGAGACUUCGCACAAACAGUAAAGGCGAGUUGGAAGGCCCAGCUGUGGAAGUUGCCCAACGCAUUGAUGACUUGCGAAAGCAACUCGAAGAGGGAACAAUAAGUGUGGAAGGGAAGAAUGACAUCUUGACCAUGGCCCUUGGGACAGAUGAACAUGGUGGUCGAGUCCGGGGCUUGGGUUAUGGUGUCACUCAAACCCAAUUUUUCCACACUCCACGCCCUACAAAGAGGAAGAAUAAAGAUGAGGAUAAUGAAGCAUUGUCAGAUAUGGAUAAGCGACUCCGUGAGACAGAGGAGAGUAAUAGACAGCUUAAAGAACAAAUGGCUGAACUCCUGCGUAUAGUUCGUUCCCAGCAUAGUGGUGUUGCGGGUACAUCACAUGCGUCUGGUUCGGGUGUUGGAGGAGAAUCUAACAAACUAGCCCGUGAUGAUGACAUUGUUUCUGCUCCUGAAGCACAACCACAAAGUCCUGUCCAUGUCUCUGCUCCACGACAACCGAGUACACUGCAUGCUGAGAAGGUAACCGCUCCACCAGCUCCACCGCCACAUACCGAUGGCAUUUCAGAAAAGGUAAUCUCAAUAUUACUUUUUAAUUUGUAUUGUCAAUUUACAAAUUGUAUUGAUUCCUUUUUUUUAAUUUUGAAAUACAGAAAUAUCCAUGUUGGAUGCAUGUUCGGUUGGAGACUAGUGGAUUGUCAUUGA